AAUACGAGAAAGGGAAGCAAAACGCACUCGUCACCGCUCACUUCCUUCCUUUUCUUUUGCCGGUGACCCAAUUUAAAUCACCAGCUCCGUCAUCCUAGCUUUAUCUCCAUUCCAUAUCGCUCUUCUCUCCUCUUCGACCAAAUUUUUUUUUUGGUUCUUUUCCUGGUUUGGAUUCGACUCUUUUGGGGUUUUGGAUUCUGAUUUUUCGCUGCUUCCCUUAUCAGUUUCCAGGUAUGAAUUGAAUUCGGCCUUGCCCGUGUCAAAAGUUUCUCCAUUUCUGGUCAGAAUUUAAGCCUGUACUGCUAGCGAGUUUUUUUGGAAUGCUCACUUCGACUCAUCGUCAUCCCCAGUUUCGGUUUUUCUUUUUGUAUUGUGAAUUGGGUCGGAGUUGAGUUUGGCUUUCCUGCUUUUCGUUGGAAUUUCUGGGGUUUUUUUUUUCUUCUUUCAUGACUUACUAAUUGAUGAGUAUUCUUGUGCUUUGGUUAUUGGCAACAAGCAAAGAGUUUCUUUAGUAAGUUCUAAUUUGGAAGACAAUGGAGGCACGCCCUACUUUAUCCAUUUCAAGGUCAGGUGCAAAGCAGCUCACUAACAUGGGGGUAUCUGGAGCACUGUCUUCAACUUUGCCUGUUCUUCCAACCCAUUUUGAAGAGGCAUAUCCCAUGGUGCCAGACUCGCAACAAAUCUCCAUGGGAAGAGAACUUAUGGCAAGUCCUCUCACUCAUGGAAGUCGCAUAUCCUCCAACAGUGGUGUAAUGGGUCACAUAUUUUCAUCUUCUUCUGGAUUGUCUUCAGAUCUUCACUAUUCAUCUGUUUCACUUCACAAGAAUCAGUCAAGAACUAGUCCUUUUAUAUCUCAGUCCUCAACUAAUGGAGUAUCUUUUCCAGUAUCGCAAUCCUCUCAUUCAACACUGCUUCAGUCUACUAUGUCAAGUCCUUGUGCCAAAGAAAACAGUGCUUCAUGGUGUACAGAUUCUGUUUCAGAUUUUCUUGAUUUUUCUGUAAAUACCCCUGUCGAGAAUACUCAAGUAGAAAGCAGUAGUUGUAGUGGCAUCAUUGUAUCAGAAGAAUUUGGCAAGCGCAACGAUUGGCAGGAGUGGGCUGACCAGCUAAUUACUGAUGAUUCUGCUGCUUUAACUUCAAAUUGGGAUGAACUCCUUGCGGACACCAAUGUAACAGAUAUGGAACCAAAGAUGGCAUACCAAGUAUCAACAUCGUCUUCAAAUAUUCAGGCUCAACAGCCCCAAGCUCAUCAGCAGCUGUCCGCUCCAUCCGGAGAAAUUCAGACUGUUGCUACUCCAUCUAAUUCAGCUAAUAAUGCUGCAGCCAAGCCACGUAUGCGUUGGACACCAGAACUUCAUGAGGCCUUUGUGGAGGCUGUCAACCAACUUGGUGGCAGUGAAAGAGCAACUCCUAAGGGUGUCUUGAAGCUCAUGAAAGUUGACGGCUUGACUAUCUAUCACGUCAAAAGCCACUUGCAGAAGUACAGGACAGCUAGAUAUAGACCUGAAUCAUCAGAAGGGACUUCAGAGAAGAAAUUGACUCCCAUUGAAGAUAUUUCAUCUCUUGAUCUGAAAACGGGUAUUGAGAUCACUGAAGCUCUACGAUUGCAAGUGGAAGUGCAGAAGCGUCUGCACGAACAGCUUGAGAUACAAAGAAACCUGCAGUUGCGAAUAGAAGAGCAAGGGAGGUACCUUCAAAUGAUGUUCGAGAAGCAAUGCAAGUCCGGUUUGGACAAGAUGAAGGCUUCAUCAUCUUCUUUGGAGAACCCGUCUCCUGCAUCUCUUGAAGCAACUCCAGAUUCCCCCCCAAAAGGAGAACUGGAAGCAUCGGGGAAAGACCACGGGAAAACUAAAACUGAUCCAGGCGAUGCUAAAGCCAUCACGGAAGAAGGUUCCAAUGAGCUUGGCAAGCAACAAGAGGCACCUAAAGAAAAAGCUUCUGAUGAUCUUGAGCAAGAUGCAAGUGGGACCAGCUCCCAACCCUCAAAGCGUCCUAGAACAAGUGAAUAAGCCAUGUCAUCCCUCAACUUAGCAUUAGCUUGAAUCUGACAUUACAUAAUCAGUCUUGAGUAAGGCAAGCUUCAGCUGUAGAUGGAAAGAGGUUUAAAGACUUAGAGGUCCUUCUCUCGUGUUCCUACUAGUGUCAUAAUAUUAUUAUUACCAUCAUCAUCGUCAUGGGAGUUUUCACACAUAUUUAGAUGAUAAAUUGAAGCUCUUUACAAGUUUUGUUCCAACUAUUCUUGAAUUUCUAUUAUUAGUAUUAGGUACUCUUCUUGCCAAGUAGAGAUGAGGUCUGAGGAUUACAAAGUAAAUCCGAUCCAUUGUGCCCUUUUGAGGUCUUUCUAUGUGUAUGGAACUAAAAACCUUCUGGAGUUUAGGCCAUUAAUAAAAAUCCUACUGUCAAAUUAUAACAUAA